AUGACCUCCACCGAUCGCAUCCCAAUCCCGGGAGAGGCCCGCCUGAUCUUGGUCGAGUCAGCUACCGACGCGUCGCGCUUCGUUCUUCAGCCAACGCCCUCCAGGGAUCCCAAUGAGCCUCUCAAUUGGCCUACAUGGCGAAAGCUCUUCAACUUUGGAUUGUCCAUCGCCGUCACGGUCGCUGCCUUCACCAAUGUCUCCAUCCAGACUGUCUUUUGGCAGCAGAUGACUGUCGACAUGGGCGUUAGCAUUCAGCAGUUGACCAAUGCCCAAUCCGCCCAGCUAGCUGGUCUGGCCAUGGGUUGCUUGUUCUUCAUCCCCCUGGCUAUCAAGUAUGGACGUCGCUCUUCGUACAUCGUCUCCACUGCUGUUCUUGCUGGUGUCUCGUGGUGGACAGCGAGAAUGCAGAGCUAUCCUGAGUUGAUCAUCACCAUGAUUAUCACCGGUCUUGGUGGUGCUAUCAACGAAACCGCUGUUCAGAUGACUAUCUCUGACCUCUUCUUCGUUCAUCAUCGCGGAUCUGCUAAUGCUGUGUACUUCACCGCUGUCAUGGUCGGUUCUUUUCUCACCCCCAUGGCCGCGGGUACACAAGCUGCCAACCAAGGCUGGCGCUGGUCAUACUACACCUUGUCCAUUUGCCUUACAAUUCUCUUCGUCGUCUUCAUCUUUGCGUUUGAGGAGACAAAGUACAUUCCCGUCUCGGUCGGCGAGGCAGAGAACGAUGAUGCUGGUUCUGAGCAUAACCCCGCCAUGAAAGACGUCGACUCCAAGGACAAGGUUGGCAGUGAGCUUGUCACCGUCGGCACUCAUACUGAUCCCACCAUCCCCAUGAACUCGUACCGCCAGUGCAUGCGUCUUACCACCACGACAAGCGAAAACCUUCCUCGCUUGUUCAUGAUGCCUUUCCAUGUCAUCACUCUUCCCCACGUCAUGUUCACUGCUCUGCAGUUUGCUUCUGGAGUCUGCUGGCUUGUCAUCUUCAUGCAAAUCAUCUCCAUUGUCUUUUCUGCUCCUCCUUACAACUUCACGACCGCUGGUAUUGGAUACAUGGCUCUUGGUCCUUUUGUUGGCAAUAUCUUUGGAAGUAUCUAUGGAGGACCUCUCGCUGAUUGGACUGUCGUUCGGCUUGCACGACGCAAUGGCGGUGUCUACGAGCCUGAGAUGCGACUGUAUCCUCUUGUCAUUCCUACCUUUUUCAUGGCCGGUGGAAUCAUCAUGUUUGGCGCUACAGCUGCUCGCGCAAGUUGA